AACAAAACAACACGAACCAUCCAUUUUUCAUCUCUCUCCUAUUCCUUUCAGACAAACGCCUGCUGCUUCCGGUAAACUCUUCGCCGUCGUCAAGGUGACUCAUUUCUUCUCCGAUAAAGGAUACUGAGCUUCUCGUUUCCAUCAGACUGGAAGAAGAAGAUUCAUGGGUUUCCUUGUAGCCGCCAUUAAUGUUCCUCCUCCUACUACAUUGAUCCAUCAACAAGUGAAAUCGAAGCAUGUAUGUAGUAAAGAGGAGAAGCUUCAAGAGAGAUCUUUGUUUGCUCGUCGUGGUUUCUUGCACUGCGUUGUUGGUGCUUCGUUGAUGGCUAAACUUGAGUUCUCUGGGUUACAAGCUGCUCAAGCAGAGGAGAAAGAUGAAGGAGUUGUUGGUGCUUUCAAGUCUUUGUUUGAUUCUAACGAGAGAACAAAGUCUGGGAAAGAGCUGCCAAAGGCUUACUUGAAAUCUGCAAGAGAGGUUGUGAAGACGAUGAGGGAGUCGCUUAAAGAAGACCCGAAAGACAAUGCCAAGUUUAGAAGAAGUGCUGAUUCCGCCAAGGAGUCGAUUCGUGAUUACUUGAGCAACUGGAGAGGGCAGAAGAGUGUAGCUGGAGAAGAAUCUUACGCUGAGCUGGAGAAAGUCAUCAGAGCUUUGGCCACGUUUUACUCAAAGGCGGGACCUUCUGCACCUCUUCCUGAUGAGGUUAAGGCUGAGAUUUUGGAUGAUCUUAAUAGGGCUGAAGAGUUUUUGUGAGCAGAUCCUGCAGCUACAAGUUUUGAUGUAACAUGUUUGUAUUGAUGCUUAUUAUACUUGAGAACUUGUGAAAGCAACGGAAAAGAAAUGUUCUGAUA